GCGCAGGCUGCAUACCAACGAUCUGCGUCUGUUACCGACGUGGACCGCCAACGAUCGACUGCUAAUACGCCAAGAGGUUUGAUUGCCCCACAGGUUUCAAGCAUCAUCAAACUGAGCCGUGUUUUCACAAGCGCGCAAGACACAGAAAAAAAGCAACAGAGAGCUAUGAACGCCCUCAACCUCGUCAUGAUCAUCUCGCCUGUCUUUGUGCUCGUGGCGCUCGCUGCUCCCAUCGCUUCACCCAUGUGUCCGCGCGCUGUCCAAGGUGACGAGUGCAACACCCAGCCGCACUGCCGCUACGACUUUGACCAGAUGCUCUGCAUUGCAGACCGUUGA